AUGGAGAAGUUUCUGCGCUCCUGGCGUCAGGAUGCGCUGAACCGGGGCCAGCAUGAUGCGGCCAUCUACAUUGGCGAUAAAGUGCUUGCGCUAACCAACAGCGACUCUGAUGCCUUUUGGCUCGCACAAGUACAUUUUUCGAACAACAACUACGCCCGUGCCUUGGCCCUCCUGUCACGAAAAGACCUGAUCUCCAGAAGUACGGCUUGUCGCUAUCUGGCCGCACACUGCCACAUCAAACAGAAUCAGUUCGAUCAGGCACUUUCAGUCCUGGGCGAUCAUAAUCCUACGCAUCUUAUACGCAGCAGCAAUAGUCGCCGCAAAAUCCAACACCUUAACGGUCAAAGCCAUGUUACCUUGCGGAACGGAAAGACGACAGCGUCGCGCAUCGAUCGGGGCGAAGAGCGAGAGCGGGAGGAUGCAAAUAACGUUCGGUUUGAGGCGGCGAUGUGUUACUUACGGGGACUCUGCUUUGCGAAACAAAAUGCGUUUGACCGUGCUCGCGACUGCUACAAGGACGCCGUACGCAUUGACGUGCAGUGCUUCGAGGCUUUUGACCAGCUUAUGAAGAACUCCCUCAUGUCUCCGGCAGAGGAGCUGGAAUUCCUCGAGUCCCUUGAUUUCGACUCUGUGUCGAGUCCCGACCAGUCAGUCGCGCAGGAGGCCGCCCACUUUACGAAGAUGCUUUACACCACCCGAUUGUCGAAAUAUUCAUCGCCUACGAUCCUCUCAGACGCUACCGAAACCCUAUCAACUCACUACAACCUAGCGGAGAAUCCGGAUAUUCUGCUUUCUCGCGCUGAAGCUCUAUAUACGCAAUGCCGAUUUGCUGAAGCUUUGGAACUGACUUCCCACCUGGGACAUCCGCCUGCCGUGUACCCCUUGCAUUUGGCUUGCUUAUAUGAGACGGGUGCCACGAACGCCCUGUUCCUUCUGUCCCAUACGCUUGCCGAUCAUGCUCCCGAAGAGUCUUAUACAUAUCUCGCAAUUGGUGUUUAUUACUUGUCCGUCUCUAAGAUCGCUGAAGCUCGACGCUAUUUCUCCAAAGCGUCUCUUUUGGACCCGCAUUCUGCGCCAGCAUGGAUUGGCUUCGCUCAUACCUUUGCUGCCGAAGGAGAGCACGAUCAAGCCAUUGCGGCGUAUAGCACUGCAGCUCGGCUUUUCCAGGGCAGUCAUUUACCGCAGCUCUUCCUGGGAAUGCAACAUCUUGCGCUAAACAACAUGUCCUUGGCCCAUGAGUACCUGGCCAAUCCGUCGGAACUCACCUCUUUGGGUGGUGACCCGCUCGUACUCAACGAGCUGGGUGUAGUUUUGUACCAUCAGAAUCACCUCGAGGGCGCCGUCGAGCUGUUCCGUCAGUCCCUCACGCUGGCCACAUCCCUUCAAUGUGAACCUGGGGCCUGGGUUGCCACGCGAGCUAAUCUCGGGCAUGCCCUGCGACGUAUCGGUCAAUUCCAAGAGUCACUGGCCGAGUUCGACGAGUGUCUUCGCAUUGGGUUGAUUGGAUCCCUGCACACUGCUCGCGGCCUGGUGCUGUUGGAGCUGAACCGCACCAUGGAAGCCGUUACAGCCCUGCAUGAGGCAGUACGUGUCUUGGGAGCGAGUGGUGGUGGUGAUGCAGCUGGUGGUGCCGGCAUUGCUGGCACGCUCUUAUCGCGAGCACUGGAAAUCUGGGCAUUAGAAGGCCAGGUGGAGCCGGUGGUGUUAGAGGAUGCACGGAUCACCACAAGCCGCAGCUCGACACGGUCUUCCAAGGGAAAGGGGAAAGUAUCUCGACGACGUGGGACUGUGGACGAAGCAUACGCCGAGGAGUGGACCGAUGAGGUUGCUCACGUCGACAGCCAAACCACGGUCACAGAGGAGACAGCUGGAGACAAGGUGGAGAUGGAGCUUGAUGAUGAGGCUGAUGGACUCCUCCGACAUGCUAUGAGCCGUGUACGCGGCGGACGAAGCAAGCGACAGCCAGGCCUAAGUCGGGACAUGGAAAUGAACGACACGCCAGGCCCGGCGGGAGGGCGCAGCCGAGGGUCGCGGAUGCGAAGCAACGCUAGACAUAGUUGA